AUGGCAAACAACAUAAAGCAAAUCGUUAAACACACUUCCCGGAAGAAAGGUCGUUUGGGGACAACGCUGUCAAGAUUUCGCAAAUCUCCCGGGAACGAGGAAAAGGGGGGAGGAACCAUUCUAGCUCCUAAAUCGGGCAAUAAAGUCGCAGACAACGGUUCCGCAGGUAAUAUGCUGGAGCCUACUGGCUCGGAAACUUCACCUGCGGCUUCAACGGACGCUGCGACCAAGUCAUCUGUAUCCGAUAGAAAUCAGUCUUCUUCGCCCGCAGCUAAUCAGGAAUGCCCUAACUUUCCACCUGUUGAGAUGAUUGCUGUCUCAAAAAAUGAGACAGUCCUGCUCAUGCACUUCCUUGAUCAUGUAUUUCCUUUACAGCAUCCAAUGUACAAGCCGCAAAUUGCAGAAGGUGGCCGUAGUUGGCUUCUUUCUUUACUGUUGCGAACGAAACCGCUGUACCAUGCGAGCUUGGCGCUAAGCGCCUACCAUAGGGGAAGUAUUCUUUUGGCCAGUCAGCGAUGUGUUGCUCACCACUCGAUGGUGGAACAAGAAAAGCAUCUUUCUAUAUGCUUGGAAGAGUUUCAGGAGGCAAUCAAGAACGUUGACCACUGGAUUGUGUUCAAAGCUUGUCCCAGGGACAAUCUUGGGCUAAUGGCGGCUGUCGUGCAGCUCAUAUACUUCGAGCUAUUUGCCGGCCACGGAACUGCUUGGAAGAUCCACUUACGUGCAGCUACAACGACCACGCUGCAAGGAUAUUGGAGCCAGUCAACUGAGCUUGGGACACUUGAACCCACCGCAGCCAGCUUGUUCCCGCCUGUAUGGGAGGGACAACCAAAUGAGAAAGUCACGUCUUUCAAGUUUUUAUCUGGGGUAAUCAUCUGGCUUGAUAUACUCGAUUGCAUCACAUCUGGGAAGGCACCUAGCCUCCUUCCGCUACAUUCACAUGCACUUAGUCCUCGUUCACAUAUCAGGCUGGAAACCAUCAUUGGGUCAAGUAAUUGGGCCAUCCUCCAAAUUGGUCGUAUUGCUGCACUGUAUGAAAAUAAAGUCCAACUACUCCAGACUGGCUGUAUGGGAAGUGAAAAUGGAAGCACUCCAUUCGACCGGAAAGUCGACGACAUCAGGCAUGAAUUACAACGCGGGUUGACCGAGCAAGCUCUUCUUUGUCUCCAAGUACACUCGAAGCCAGCUGCCCCAGCGGACACAUCGUUACACAACCAGGCCUGUGUCACACGUCUGUUUGCCCUUGCUGCUUCGAUUUACCUGUACUUGGUUGUUCAAGGAUCUCGCCAAGAGACGUGCCCUCUGGCAGAAGAAGCGAUGAUGAUUCUUCGAACUCAGAUGCCUCGCGACAUAAUGCACGUCAUAAUCUUUCCCCUAUACAUUAUCGGAUAUGUCGCAAGUCCAGAAGAUCAAUCAUUCUUCAGAUGUGUCUUUUCUGCUACGCCAGUAUUGGAACCUUCCCUCGAACAUCGAAGCAAGAUCCUUCCUCUCCUGGAAGAAGCCUGGCUUGCGAGAGAUGAUGCCUUCGAUGGAGGAGGAUGGCAGAGGUGCCUGAAACGACUCUCUGAGAGCAACAUUUUGCUAUUGUAA